AGCCACCUGCCUGGCCAGGAUGAGCUGGAGUUUCCUGACGCGGCUCCUGGAGGAGAUCAACAACCACUCAACCUUCGUGGGCAAGAUCUGGCUGACCGUCCUCAUCGUCUUCCGCAUCGUGCUGACAGCCGUGGGGGGUGAGUCCAUCUACUACGACGAGCAGAGCAAGUUCGUCUGCAACACGCAGCAGCCCGGCUGUGAGAACGUCUGCUACGACGCCUUCGCCCCGCUCUCCCACGUCCGCUUCUGGAUCUUCCAGAUCAUCAUGGUGGCAACGCCGUCGGUCCUCUACCUGGGCUUCGCCAUGCACCGCAUUGCCCGCAUGCCCGAGUCUUCACGGCGCCGGGCACCAGCAGCCCGGCGGGCACGCAUGCCGGUGGUGCGCCGGGGAGCCGGGCGGGACUACGAGGAGGCGGAGGACGAUAAUGAAGAGGACCCCAUGAUCUUUGAGGAGAUCGAGGUGGAGAAGGAGAAGAGCCCGGAGGGUGGAGAGAAGCACGCCGGCCGGCGCCGCAUCAAGCAGGAUGGGCUGAUGCGCGCCUACGUCCUGCACUUGCUGUGCCGCUCGCUGCUGGAAACGGCUUUUCUCUUCGGGCAGUACCUGCUGUACCGCUUCGAGGUGAGCCCCUCCUACGUCUGCAGCCGCAGCCCCCGCCCCCCCACC